AUGGAAAAUUUACUGAAAAGACCGAAGGAGUUGGGCGAUCUUGCUGCGCUAGAAGAACAGAAAAUCCUUAGCGGCAAAAUAAGGAAAGCUUCAUGUCUCGAAUAUAUUCAACAUAUUCAAACAAUGAGGACGGAAUUUAGUGGAAAUCAUGCCAAAAUUAUGGCUAAACCGAGCCAAGAAGCUGACGAAUACAUUGCCAAGAAGUAUUACGAGCAUGUUAUUCAGGUAAUGGAAAAGUCCAUUCAGCAUUUAAAAAUACAAAAUGCAGCCGAAGAUUUACCAACAGUAAGCGGCAACCAACUUAAACCUGCAUCGAUGGGAGAAAUGAGUGAGUUCGAGCCAUCAGGUACUAAUUCCGACGUAGAAAGGAAAUUUCAACGUCGAGGAAAAAAGCUCAGAAUGACCAUAGAAGAAAUUCAACAAAAUGCAUUGGAUUCUGUCGAAGAAAUAAGAGAAUUCAAAACUAAGCUUCAAAUACAGUUUGAAUAUGUAGAAGAAGCUUUUUCUGAAACUCGCAGUGUCCAUUUAAAAGCCAUUACUAAAGACUCAAUAGAAGAACAAAUGGAGGACUUCCGAGAAAAAUACAGCGUUAACAUUGAGAAGUUAACAGAUAAAUUGAAAAGGUGCACGCCAACACAAGCUGUGUCAUCUACUAUGAAACUACAGGAGAUUAAGAUUCCGAUAUUUUAUGGCGAGAUGAAUCAAUGGUCAUCAUUUAGCGAUCUUUUCCAAGGUUUGGUGCAUAAUUCGAAGCACUUUACUGAAGUAGAAAAGAUGUUCCGGCUGAAGUCGUCAUUAGGAGGAGAAGCUGGAAGAUUAAUUCAGCAUUUACCGGUAACUGAAUACAACUAUGAAGCCGCUUGGCAAAUCCUCCAGGAAGGAUAUGAAAACAAGAGGCUGCAAUUCACAACACAAGUGGACAGACUUUUUGAUCAACCAACAGCAAAUGGGGAAAGUGCGGCAAGCAUGAAGCAGCUUUUGGAUACCACCAAGGAAUGCAUUUAUGCUCUAAAAGGGCUUAAAUUGAAUUUAAAUGACGAGCAAGCAAUUAUAGCUCGGAUAGUUGUUCGGAAACUAGACAAAGAAAGUCUCCGGUUAUAUGAGCAGAAUGUCAAGAAAACUAGGGAUAUCCAAAGCCUAGAUGAUGUUUUCCGUUUUCUGGAGCAGCAAUAUCAAGCUCUAGAAGCUAUACGAGACAGGAAAACAACUAAAUGGAGCAAUCAAAAGCAGCCACAACGAGCACCCACAUUCUAUACAGCUGCACAAAAGACCUGUAUAUAUUGCAAGAUUCCUGGGCAUCAAAUUGUUGAAUGCAGAAGGUUCCAGGCAUUGACUACGAUAAAUCGUAGAGGUUUCAUAGUAAACAAUAAGCUAUGCAAUAUUUGCCUCGACCACGUAUAUGAAGGCAAUUGCAAGAAUAAGAAAAAAUGCAGUAAGUGUGGAAGAAAUCAUCAUAAUUUACUGCAUUACAAUGAAUUCCAGAAGGAAAAAGGAGCAGGUGAAGAAAAUGCUAUAAAAAAAUCAUCCACUAUGAUGACAAAAAACUCCGAAACAGCAAUACUUCUAGCAACAGCCCAGAUAAGAGUGAAGGCGGCAAAUGGAGAGUACGUGACAUUGCGAGCACUAAUCGAUCAAGGAUCACAGAAGACUACCAUUUCUGAAGAAGCCGCUCAAAUACUACACUUACCAAAGAGAAGAGAAGUAACUGAGCUACAAGGGCUAGGAAAUACUACAGUGGGAGUCUCCAAAUUUAAAGUCAACAUUGAAAUCAGGCCGAGAUUCCUAAGCAACGAAGUGUACAAUGUCGAAGCACUGAUUUUGCCGAAAUUGGCGAGUGCACAACCUGAUAAAACAUUUAAAUGGGAUAUAGAACAAUGGAGAAACUAUACCUUAGCUGAUCCCAACUUCAAUAGGUCAGAUCGAAUCGACGUCGUUAUUGGAGGAGAUGUAUAUGCUGACAUAUUAGAAGAAGGCAUAUUUAAGAAAGAUCGAAUACUAGGCCAAGCUACGAAAUUAGGAUGGAUAUUGUCGGGAGUUUUACAACAACCGAGAAAAAAUGGUAGAAUUCUAGCGGCGGUGACCACAACGUUGGAGAAGUUUUGGGAAAUAGAAGACACCACAGCACCAACAUAUAUAGAAGAUGAUGAUGAAUGCAUGAAGAUAUUUGAUAAAACGACAACAAGAGAUGAAAAUAAUAGAUUUGUCGUCAAUCUACCUUUUAAAAAAGAAAAAGACUUAGGCGACUCUCGCAAACAAGCAAUGGCGAGGUUUCUUAAUCUUGAGAAAAAGUUGGCUUCAGAUGACAACCUAAGAAAACAAUAUGUGCAAUUUAUGAGAGACUAUUUAGAAAUGGGCCACAUGAAAAAAGCAAGUGGAAAUAAUUGCGGAAAAUGCUAUUGA